AUGCGGAACGUACCUUGCUUUCGAAAGGCUACACAGCAGACGUCACGCAUCCUUCAUAACUUACGUCGAAUCCACUUGGACCAGGGCACACUGCGACCUCCGAAGCAACCGCCACCGCUAGGGUCGCAGGUGUUCCGGCCGCCUCGACCGCCGGCGCCCGAAGAUGAGCAGCCUGACUCGACCGAAACUCUGCCAGAGGCAGAGGAAUUGGUAGACCUUUGUAACCCUGAAGCCCAAGCAGGUCCCGAGUACGGUGGGCCUAGGGGCUACGAACCUACGCGCUACGGUGACUGGGCGAAAAACGGUCGAGUCAGCGACUUUUAG